AUGCAAGAAAAACGUCAGAUGCAAGAAAAACAUCAGAUGCAAGAUAAACGUCAGAUGCAAGAUAAACGUCACAUGCAAGAAAAACAUCAGAUGCAAGAUAAACGUCAGAUGCAAGAUAAACGUCACAUGCAAGAAAAACGUCACAUGCAAGAAAAACGUCAUAUGCAAGAAAAACAUCAGAUGCAAGAAAAACAUCAGAUGCAAGAUAAACGUCGGAUGCAAGAUAAACGUCAGAUGCAAGAUAAACGUCACAUGCAAGAAAAACGUCACAUGCAAGAAAAACGUCAUAUGCAAGAAAAACAUCAGAUGCAAGAAAAACAUCAGAUGCAAGAUAAACGUCGGAUGCAAGAAAGACGUCACAUGCAAGAAAAACAUCAGAUGCAAGAUAAACGUCAGAUGCAAGAUAAACGUCAGAUGCAAGAUAAACGUCACAUGCAAGAAAAACAUCAGAUGCAAGAUAAACGUCAGAUGCAAGAUAAACGUCACAUGCAAGAAAAACGUCACAUGCAAGAAAAACGUCAUAUGCAAGAAAAACAUCAGAUGCAAGAAAAACAUCAGAUGCAAGAUAAACGUCGGAUGCAAGAUAAACGUCAGAUGCAAGAUAAACGUCACAUGCAAGAAAAACGUCACAUGCAAGAAAAACGUCAUAUGCAAGAAAAACAUCAGAUGCAAGAAAAACAUCAGAUGCAAGAUAAACGUCGGAUGCAAGAAAGACGUCAGAUGCAGGAAAAACAUCAGAUGCAAGAAAAACAUCAGAUGCAAGAAAAACGUCAGAUGCAAGAUAAACAUCAGAUGCAAGAAAAACGUUAG